AUGGUGCUCCUUCGCUACAUCCUCCACGCGCUCCCCUUCGCGGGCAGCGCAACCGCCGCUCUUUACCGCCGCCAGGAUGACGCCGCUUCGACGAACAGCACGGCCGUCGUCCCCAAGCGCUUCAUCAUCGAGUACCACGGCAAUGCCGCUGGCCUCCGCGCCGCCCCCGAGCCGGGCAUCAAGGUCGUGCAGACCUUCGACAGCGACAUCUUCUCAGGCGCCAGCGUCGAGGCCGACGGCUACACCGUCGAUGACCUGACCAAGCUGGCCGGCGUCGCCAAGGUGUGGCCGAUGAAGUCGAUCGCGCUCGCGCCGCCGAUUGACCUGCAGACGUUCGCUGACGACGCCGCGGCUGCUAACUACACCGUGCACAACUCGACCGGUGUCGAUAAGCUGCAUGCGGCGGGCGUGUACGGCGAGGGCGCGGUCGUGGCGGUCGUCGAUACGGGGAUUGCGUAUAACCAUCCUGCGCUUGGGGGUGGGAUUGGCGAGGGAUUCAAGGUCAGCGGCGGCUACGACUUUGUUGGCGAUGGCAACUGGCCGCUUGGGGAAAAGACUCCGGAUGAUGACCCGAAUGACAACAUGGGUCACGGUACUCACGUUUCGGGUAUUAUUGCUGGCCAGACGGAUUACUGGGUUGGUGUGGCGCCCAAGGCAACGCUUCGGGGCUACAAGGUGUUCUCUACUGUUGACUCCACCGAUGAGGACACACUGAUUCAAUCCUUCCUUGCCGCAUACGCUGAUGAUGUUGAUAUCAUCACCGCCAGCAUCGGAGGCGCAAGCGGCUUCGAGGACGGAGCCUGGGCCGAAGUCGCCUCCCGCAUCGUCAACCAGGGCGUAGUCGUGACCAUCGCGGCCGGCAACUCCGGCGCCGCAGGCCCCUUCUUCGCCAGCAGCGGCUCCUCGGGCAAGGACGUCAUCGCCGUGGCCUCGGUCGACGCGGAAAGCUUCCCAGCGCAGCCCUUCUCGGCCACCUUUAGGACCAACAGCUCGUCCAAUACCACGACGCUCGGCUACAUCCCCUCGACCUACAACUUCCCGGCCACCAUCACCGACUGGCCCAUCGUGCCCCUCACCUUCAACACGUCCGAGCCCGCCGACGCCUGCGACCCGCUGCCCGCCGACACGCGCAACCUGACGGGCGUCAUCCCGCUCGUCCGCCGCGGCACCUGCACCUUCGCCACCAAGCAGGCCAACCUGCAAGAAUUCGGCGCCCAGUACAUCCUCUUCUACAACAACGACAGCCCGCUCGUCUCGCUCGCCACCGACGAGACCGGCAGCCUGAUCGCCCUCAUCACCGCCGACGCCGGCGCCGCCAUCAUCGACACCGUCAAGGCCGGCGGCGAGGUCCUGGCCGACUUCUCCGCCAACACCGCGAGCGGCGUCGUCGGCCUGCCCAACGCGCUCGGCGGCCGCCCCAGCACGUUUACCUCGUGGGGCGGCCUGUACGACCUCUCGCUCAAGCCCGACGUCGCCGCGCCCGGCGGCAACAUCUUCUCGACCUACCUCGACGACGGCUUCGCGGUGCAGAGCGGCACCUCGAUGGCGACGCCGUACGUGGCCGGCAUCGCGGCCCUCUACAUCGGCGCGUUCGGCGGGCGCAAGGUGCACGGCACGGGCUUCGCGAAGGCGCUGCAGGCGCAGAUCGUCGCGAGCGGCGGCGCGCUGCCGUGGUCGGACGGCACGACGCGCGAUUACGGCUUCACGGCGCCGGUGCCGCAGGUCGGGAAUGGGCUGGUGAAUGCGUUCAAGGUUCUGAACUACUCGACGGAGCUGGCGUGGGAGAAGCUCGAGCUGAACGACACGGCGAACUUCAAGGGCAGCCAUACGGUGCAGAUCGCGAACAGCGGCGACGUGCCGCUGACGUACAACUUUGCGGUUCAGGACGCGGCGGGCUUCGAGGCGCUGGAGGUGUGGGACGCGGCGGUGUACUUCUCGCCGCGGUUGAAGAAGUUCACGGAGUUGACGCCGAUCAAGGCGGUGCCGGACGUGGCGCUGCCGGCUGGGGAGUUCACGGUCGCGCCGGGGGAGACGAGGGACGCGACGUUUACGUUCUCGUUGCCGGAGGGGCUGAAUGCGACGGCGCUGCCGGCGUAUAGCGGCAAGAUUGUGAUUACCGCGAGCAACGGCGAGCAGCUGUCUGUCCCGUACUUCGGCCUCGCGUCGGAUCUGAAGGAGGAGAUGACGCCCAUCUUCGAGAACACCUACCCCUUCUCCACCUCUGGCGUUAGUGCCGAGAACAUCAAGACCAAGUCUUCCUACACCUUCAACCUCAGCACCUCGGCCCAAGACUUCCCGAAAGUCUACGUCAAGCUCAAGUGGGGCACCGAGGAGAUCCGCUGGGACAUCUACGAGCCGGGCUUCGACGAAUCCCAGUGGGUCUACCCGCCCGUCGUCGGCGAGAACGGCUACGUCGGCCCGGCCACCGGCUGGAGCGGCGCCGAUUCGUACACCUACUUCAACCCGGCCACCCAGAACGCCAGCGACACCUUCACCUUCCCUGUCUACGACGUCUACCGCAACGCCCAGACCCAGGCUAGCUACCACACCUUCUGGUGGUUCGGUGCGCUGGGGAACGGCUCGCAGAUCGCGCCGGGGAACUAUUCGAUUAGGUUUGCGGCGCUGGUGCCGUUUGGGGAGCGCGAGGAGAGUGAGGGUUGGGAUGUUUGGCAGGCGCCGGAGAUUCAAGUGUUGUAG